UCAGAAAUAACUGUGGAGUAUGAAACACCUGUGUUACAUAAGCGCGCGGCUGAGGAGCGGACUGGUUGCCAGAGAGCUGGGAAUCUGCUUCUGUGGGAAAGCCGGGUGUUAGGAGGCAUCCGGCUUUGAGAAGCACAAAUUUAGUCACGAUUCUUUUCAGGGUUUCGCGUGUAACGAGAGCACAGUGUCACAGUUUGAACCCCCUUGAACUUUUUCGCUCCGGGAACCCCUUCGGGAUUACGCAAAGGACUUUCCACAGCGCGAACGGAAGCAGGAUAAGCGACUUUCUGUCUGCGAGUCCCAAAUGCUGAGGAUGUUUCCAGGACAAGCGGAGUGAGAAGAAGCUCUUCUAAGGAGUUUUAGUUAUACUGCGCAACUGAGUACCCUUUUUUAUAUAUUCGUGGGCGACACUUUACAUUUUCUCUGGAUUUAAAACGCCUAAACGUUCAUGGACACAGUGACUCCUACCGGGAUCAAACCUGCAACCUUUCAGUCGCAGCGCAGCCUCUCCAACCAAUAGACGGCUCUGCCACCCAGAGUCCUCCCACUAAAACAACCUGUUAUCACAUCUACAGUAUGGACAACUGUACGUUGCACCUCCAGCAAACCCAUCUAACAACUUUUCCCGGGGAAUGGAUUUAAUUGUGUCAAAACGGGGAUGCCUGCGUCUCCCAUCAUGACUGUCGUCUUUACACAUUUUCCUGCCAUACAUCCAGUGGCUUACUGUUAUUUUUGACACGUUUCUAUUAAGAAUUCAGAUCCUCCGUACACUUAAAAGAGUUGUAGCCUAAAUCUCGCCGGCUCUCAUGGGACUGAGGCAUUCGUCGCGUUGUUUGCUGCUACGGCGGAAGAUGGCGGAGGCGGACAGCUCGGAGCGGCAACAGUCUGUCUCGUCCCCCCUCUCCCAGUCAGCCCAGCCCUCCCCACUGCCUAAACCAGUGCCUACUGCCCACCAUGUGCCCUGCAUCCCCCAUACGCCUCAUGUAGCGGCCCUGGCCACCUGUCCUGGCCGAGGCAAGAUUGCCAAGUUCAUCAGCCCAGAGGAAAUGACAUCACGGGACUACUACUUCGACUCGUACGCCCACUUUGGCAUCCAUGAGGAGAUGCUGAAAGACGAGGUGCGGACGCUGACCUACAGGAACGCCAUGUACCACAACAAGCAUGUGUUCAAAGAUAAAAUCGUCCUGGAUGUGGGUAGUGGCACUGGGAUCCUUUCUAUGUUUGCUGCCAAUGCCGGCGCUAAACACGUGUAUGGGAUUGAAUGUUCGAGUAUAUCCGAAUAUUCAGAGAAGAUCAUCAAGUCAAAUCACCUACACAACGUCAUUACCAUCUUCAAGGGCAAGGUGGAGGAGGUGGAGCUGCCUGUGGAGAAGGUGGACAUUAUCAUCUCAGAGUGGAUGGGCUAUUGCCUCUUCUAUGAAUCCAUGCUCAACACUGUCAUCUUCGCCAGGGACAAGUGGCUGAAACCUGGAGGCCUGAUGUUUCCUGACAGAGCUGCACUCUAUGUUGUGGCCAUCGAAGACCGGCAGUACAAGGACUUCAAGAUUCAUUGGUGGGAGAACGUGUAUGGCUUCGACAUGAGCUGCAUUCGCAAUGUGGCCAUCAAAGAGCCUCUGGUGGAUGUGGUAGACCCCAAGCAGGUGGUGACUAAUGCCUGCCUCCUGAAGGAAGUGGACAUCUACACUGUGAAGCCAGAGGACCUGUCCUUCACGUCCGCCUUCUGUCUCCAGAUCCAGCGCAACGAUUACGUCCACGCUUUGGUCACCUAUUUCAACAUCGAAUUCACCAAAUGUCACAAGAAGACUGGCUUCUCCACCGCUCCAGAUGCUGCCAGCACACACUGGAAGCAGACUGUGUUUUACUUAGAGGACUACCUAACUGUCAAGAAGGGAGAGGAGAUCUUUGGAAGCAUUGCUGUCAGGCCCAAUGAGAAGAACGUGCGGGACCUGGAGUUCACCCUGGAGCUGGACUUCAAAGGACAGCUGUGUGAGGCUGCCAUUUCCCACGACUAUAAAAUGCGUUAGGAACAGCCUCCGACCUAACAGCGACCCUCGGCCCUUCGAGACCCACUUGGAGAAGAGAGGGGGAGGGCAGGGCACAGGCUCUCCAACAAGGAGUCCAGUUGACCAGCGAGGGCGACCAGACGCAUCGGAUUGGAUGCCAUCAUGCCAGCGCCUAAGUGAUGUCAUCAGAGCAGUCUAUCAGCAAUAGUGCCAUCUUCUCCUGUACCAACUUGACCAACUCGGGCACAUCGUUGAAUGUAACAUCCCAAAUGAACUUGAUUUUUUUCUUCUUUCACUGGUUUCUGGAGAUUUUUGUUAUUCUGAGUGUAAAGUGAAGAGUGUUUUUAAUAUUAGUGCAGCUAAUUGAAAAGCAUUGAUCUGCGUGAUGUGGAGAGGGUUACAGCACAGUCACCAUCAGUCUUUCCUUUAGUCAUUUGUUAAGAUUUAUAAUAGAGGGUACCGUAACUGAUUGUGUCUUACUUUAUUAUUUAUUGUUUGCAUGUAAAAGUUUUUUGCUUCAUUGAUUUCAGAAAGAUGUGAAAUGUUAUUUAUUUGUUUAUAGGAGGAUAAUCCAGAGCAACUGUACUUUGGUGCAGGAAUAAGACAGAGCCUCAGAACAGUAACAAACACGAUGCAAUAUGUCAAAAUGUACCAUUUUGUUUUGGAGAUCAGACAAACACAGAGUAUGGAAAAAAAAAAGAUGAACACGAUGAUGAAUAAAAUGUCAAAGAAUCAA